CAUAAGAAACUCUGCUUCGAUACCCAUCUACUUCUUGCUCUAUCUCUUCUUUGUUCUCGAUUGCUUAUCACCAUUUGCGCAAUCAUGGCACCCAUCAAAGUCCACGGACUCCCUUACUCAACAGCAACACAGCGGGUUCUAGCUACCCUUUACGAGAAGGAGCUUGAAUUUGAGCUUGUUCCUGUAGACAUGAAAGCUGGUGAACAUAGAAAAGAACCCUUCCUGUCCCUCAAUCCGUUCGGUCAAAUUCCAGCUUUUGAAGAUGGAGAUUUGAAGCUCUUUGAAUCCAGGGCAAUUACUACGUACAUCGCCCACCAAUAUGCUGACAAGGGGACCGAUCUGGCAUGCGGAGACACUAAGCAGAAAGCAAUCAUAGGGGUGGCGAUUGAGGUGGAGGCGCACCAAUUCGACCCUUCAGCUUCAAAGCUUGCCUGGGAGUUGGCAUUAAAGCCAGUUUUUGGAAUGGUUACCGACAAGGCAAUUGUGGAGGAGAACGAAGCUAAGCUGGCUAACGUUCUUGAUAUCUAUGAGAGUCGGCUGGCUCACUCAAAAUACUUGACAUGUGACUGCUUCACCUUGGCAGAUCUUCACCACCUGCCCGCUGUACAAUACUUGUUGGGCACAGAAGCCAAAAAACUCUUUGAUUCACGCCCACAUGUCAGUGCCUGGGCAGCUAAUAUCACAGCAAGGCCAGCUUGGUGCAAGGUCCUUGCCCUGCAGAAGCACUAAGGAGUGGUAGCCGCUGCCGGCCGGCUUCUCUAUGAGGAUGGUCAUUUGCGUUCAAUAAGCACGAGUUUUAAUCUCAUCUAGUUUGAGUCCUAGUGUUAUAGUAUCCUGAGUCCAGUGAGAGGGCUGAGAUUUUACGGUUGCUUUAAUGAGUUAUCUUGCCUGCAAUCUUCAAGUUUAUGAACUAUUCCAUAAUUCUAAAUGAUUACUCUACUUGGAAA